AUGAUAAGGAAUAAAAAGAAAAGAAAAAGAAACAUUUAUGAUUUGUAUAUAGAGAUGCAAAAAGAGAAUUAUGAAGAUGAAGAGAAGAGGAUAUCUUAUAUAGAUGAUGGAACGAUAACAUUAGAAAAGCAUGUGAAGAUGAGAUUAGAAGAGCAAACAAAUUUGUUGUCAAUUAAAGGCAUCGAUCGAGUAGAUAUAAAACAGAAAAAAGGGAAACAUUCUAUUAUAUGUAUUCAUUAUAUAAAAAAUAUGUGUAUGAAAAAUUUAUUUUGUAAUUAUUUACAUCAAUUAAUAUAUUCAAGAAUUCCUACUUGUAAAAAUUAUAUGAAAUAUAAUUAUUGUGCUGAUAGAGUAAGAGGUUGUUGUAUGUUCAGACAUAAUUUAGACAAUUCUAAUAAUAAUUUAUAUUAUAAUGAAAGUAAAGAUGAAUAUCUAGAUGAUGCCUUAAAAUUUUUACAUGAAAAAAAUAUUUGUGUUAAUUAUCUUCUAGGAUUUUGUAGUUUAGGUUAUGGUUGUAGGAAAAUUCAUAAAACAAAGAGUAGAAGAUAUAUAAAUAUUAUAAGUACUUUACCAAAAUUUUUUUUAGAUUCCAUAUUAGUUAAUAAACAUUUAUAUACACAUUUAUAUAAUAAUCCUAAAAAACUUUCCAAUGAUAUGAAUAAAUUAAAAGACGCCUUAAUAAUAUUAAGUGGAGAAAAAUAUAUAGACAAAAAUUUAAGUACAAAUAAAAAUGAUAAUAUUGAUCUUUUGAAUAAAGAUGUAAUACAAAAUAAUAAUAUAUUUAAUAGUAAUAAUAUAGAUAUAGGUAUUGAAAAUAAUAUAUCCCAUGGAGAUAUAAAUAAUGAUAGUAAAAAUCAAAAAGGUGUAUCCUUUCUUCCUGGUUAUAAUAAUGUUGAUAAUAAAAAUAAUAAAUAUAUUAAUGAAUAUAUAGAUGAUAAAAAUAUAAUAAAUAAUAAAUCUUCUCAUACGAAUAAUGAAAAGGGAUAUUUUCAUAAUAAUAUUCUAUUACAAAGUAUUGAUAAUAAUAAUAAUAAUAAUUUAAUACAAGAGAAUAACAUAAAUAUACCGAACGUUUAUGAUUUAAAUAAUAAUUUAAUAGUAGCAGAGAAAAUGAAAGUUUUCAUUAUAAAAUGUAAUCAAAUAUCACAUUUAUAUUUAUCUAUAUUAUAUGGUGUUUGGGCUACUGGAAAAAAUAAUACUAGGAAAUUUGUAAAUUUAUUUAAAGAUAAUUAUACAAUCAUCUUCUUAUUUUCGGUUAAUGAAAGCGGAGGAUUUCAAGGAUAUGCAAAAAUGGUUACAAUGCCAAUCAAAAAUUUAUAUGAAAAUUUAUGGGGUCCUAUAACCAGUCGUUUAGGUGGCAAUUUUCGAAUACAAUGGAUAAAAAUGGCAAAAAUAGAUUUUGAUAAUUUUAAACAUAUUGUUAAUCCUUAUAAUGAUAAUCUACCAUUAAAAAAAAGUAGAGAUGGUACUGAACUACCAUUAAAUGUAGCAAGUAUCCUAUGUAAUAAAAUGAAUGAUAUGCCAAAUGAAGAUUUCUUAACUGGCACCAUAUAUGAAUUUAAAAGAAGAAUAAAUCAUUCAUCCUUUUUUAUUAACUUACAUAAACAAAAUAUAUUAAAUACAAAUACUAGGUGGGAUAUUCUUAUAUUUAAUCUUAAUCAAAAAUCCGACUGUACUAAUAUAACCUUAAUUGAUGGAACGGAGCAAAACAUAACAUAA